AGCAGUCAGUCGUUAGUCGUCCGACCGCACUAGCAUACGACGUGAAUCGAGUAUCGUCGCCUCCUACUGUAUUUAUCAACAGAAAGUUCAGGAAAUUUGAAGCUCGUCUCACAACGCUUUUGUACACUUACAGAGCAAGUCAUCGAGCAAAAAACCUUUGCUUUUUAAUAAACAAACAGACAAAGGGCUUGAUCAAGAUGCCUAAGGUACGAAGAAGCCGUAAACCACAGCCUGAUGGAUGGGAACUUAUUGAACCCACACUCGAAGAGCUUGAACAGAAAAUGCGUGAAGCUGAAACCGAAUCACAUGAAGGAAAACGGAAGCAAGAGUCACUGUGGCCAAUAUUCAAGAUUCACCAUCAGAAAUCUCGAUACAUUUACGACUUAUACUAUAGACGCAAAGCUAUCAGCAAAGAGCUUUAUGAGUUCUGUUGCAAUGAGAAGAUUGCAGACAGAAAUCUCAUAGCUAAGUGGAAAAAGACAGGCUAUGAAAAUCUGUGUUGUUUGAGGUGUAUCCAGACUAGAGACACAAAUUUUGGGACCAACUGCAUUUGUCGUGUGCCAAAGGCAAAAUUGGAAGAAGGACGCAUUGUUGAAUGCAUCCAUUGUGGAUGUCGUGGAUGUUCUGGAUAAAUUAUGAUGUUUCAUAUUGAACUAUGAAUAGUGAUAAACAUAUCUGUAAAUAUUUUUCUACAUUAUUAAUUGAUUUGCUUAGAAUUAUGAUUAUAUAACAAAGUAUUUUUGUUUUUAAUUCUCGAAAUAUUUCAUUUCAUUUUACAAUGUCAACACUUGUAAUGUAAUUUGAACAUUCCCUGUAAAAAGAAUUUUUCUCAAAUUACUUGAAUUACUUAUGUACUGAAAAUAAUUCAUCCAAAUAUGUUCAAUUUUAUGAAAAAAAAAAAUUAAAUUUUUAAAUAUAGUUAGUUAUUCAAUUAUAUUUUACACUUUUAAGCUUGAUUCAACAAUAAAUGAUGCAAUUCACAAGAAAGCAUGAAAUUGAAUUUUUAAAUAUAGUCAGUAACUUAUAUUUUGCACUUUCUACUUUAUUUGUCAAUAAAUUAUGAAUUUUACAAGAAAA